UCAAUACAGUGAUAUAUGACCUCAUGUGGUCAUUUGAAGAGGAACCUGGGGAGAGCUUGAUUUCAGAGAUAGUGACUCUGAGAAGCUCAAUCUGUAGUUACUCUUUCACAGCACAUCUGAGCCCUGCUCAGAAUGCUGCUGAGUUGAGUCUGCAGAGUUCUGCAGUUUCUUUGUCUUCUCUCUAUAAGAAGGCUUCAGUGCAGCCUCUGAUCAGCAUCACUACUUGUCUGCACUAUGCUAAGCAGCUGAAGAAGAGAGAGAUUCUAUGCAUUCACUUCUUCUCUCACUUCUGUUAUUUUCAUUAUACUCAUAAUAAUAACUUCUAUCUCUCU